UGCCAUCCUUCUGACUGCAUGAAGAAACGUACAUGGCAGAGGUCCUGAGAUCGACAUAGUAAUCACGGAUUUGUGAUACGAAACCGUGGGCUGUGCCAUCAAGCUUUUACGACCUCUGUAACACACGACCUUUGUCAAAGGUUAAAGGUCAAUACGAGAACGAGACUAGUGCGCGAAGUUCGAAGUCAACAUGUCCGCCGCAAGAGAUUUUAUUGCUCCACCAAGAGAUCAUUCUACCCCAAAACAUUCGUCUAAAUUGUGUGCAGAACAAAAUGAGGAACACAGUCAGAGAAAAUCACUGCAGACUUUGCAGCCAUCAGCUUCAAAUGACAAUGCACUGGUUGGCACAAAAGGGCCUCAUUCAGGAAAGGCCAGCAAAAGCUUGGAGAAGUCUAGGCCCAAAAUCAAGUUAACUCACGGUCCUGUCAAGGUUUUUUAUGAUGAAGAUGUUCCUGCCACAUGUGAAAGAAAACCGUCAACAGAAGCCAAGGAAACACAAACAGAUGACAGUUUGUUAGAAGAGCUGAUUCAAGAACGACUGUCUCAGAAGAAGAUGGGACAUUCUUCUAUAGAAGAAGACCCUGAAGAUGAAGCUUACAGACUUAUGGUCAAAGAACCUGUUCCUGACAGCUACUGGAAAGAAAUAGCAGAGCAGAGGAGAGUGGCUCUCAAUGAAACACUAGAAGAAAAUAAGUCUUUGCACAGUGAAGUUGAGUCAUUGAGAGAAGAAAAUGAAAAGCUGUCAGAGUUGACCAGCCAAGCUGAUUAUCUGUCUUCCUUAUUGCAGUCGGUAGUGUCAGAUGAGGGAAGUGAAGAAAGCCAAAAUCCAUCUUUGGAUGUGGAGAGCAACCAGGUGAAUGCAACUGAGGUGAAAUCCAAAAGUGAGUCAAGGAGACAGGAUGAUGGUGGGGAUUUUGUGUCUUGUGGACAGGAUGAACCUGUUGAAAAGACGUGAACGUUUUAAGUUGGAUGUAGAAGUCAUAUUAACUGACCCCUUUCCUGAAGAUUUUGUAUCAUUUACACUGCUGGUUUGUAAACUAUUUCAGUGUGGAUGCAACACCAAGCUAGAUUUAUUCCAAAUUUCCUUGAUUUUUAUCUAACCCAAAUUGUGCUUUUUAAUCAUGAAAUAAAGUCAUCUAGGACUCUA